AUGACCAGAAUUUUGAAGAAAUUCAGAGGGUUAAGCUAUAGUUUUGAUCAGAAGGAAGGGAUGGUAUAUAUUCAAGGGAAGGUAGAUUCACAAAAAAUUAUGAGGAUGGUGGCUAGAAAUGGAAGGAAAGUUGAACUUUGUUGGAUGAAUAGUGUGCAAGGCAACAAUUAUGCCCCUAAUAACUAUGGUCCUAUGGAUAUGUCUAUGUCAAAUUACCAACAUCAAAGAGGAUACUAUCCUCCUCCUCCUCCUCCUCAUCCUUCACAAAUGCCCUAUUAUCAGUUUGAUCCUAUGUUUGCCCCUCAACAUGGUUAUGCCCCUCAAUACGGUUAUCCUAUGCCCUACUAUUAG